GGGCGCAGUCUUGGCGCAUCGCACGCCUGUCAGGGCCAUGCGUUUGAACCCCACGGGCCAAUUGCUGGCCACCGCCUCGGCGCGCGGCACGGUGCUACGACUUUGGGCGGUACCAUCCUUCACUAUGCUGUGCAGUUUUCGUCGUGGAGCUAACGAAUGCUGUAUCCAUGGCUUAGCCUUCGCCACGGACUCGCUGCACCUCAUGGCCGCGGCGGCCAAUGGAACGGUCCACAUCUUUCGCAGCCCCAGGGAGGCUGUGGACUGUGUUGCGCCAAUUAUGACUCAGGAGUCGGAAGCGGAGGUAUCGAAAGCUGAGCGCGGGAAGCAGGCUUCUGCCCGAGAGAUCGAGGAAGAUGACGAUUUCAGUGACUGGAACAUCGUUGAUUGCGAUCGGUCGCGCGUAAGGCACUUGGAGCGCCAAGGAUUACAAGGACAUGUGCACAAGGUGAAGUCCAUUUUGACGCAAUUGUGGCAACCGUGUCGCGACUAUUUGGAUGGACCUGGAGCAGUAGCUUGGGUUCAUCAAGGGAAAGAAGAAAGCAACAUCGCCCCACGCUCUUCCAGCCCACGCUCGCCUCCGUUGGGCCCACUACUUCCUCUGCCAUCGGCCAUGCUGGAAAUCUUCACGCCCGCCUUUCUGGCGUGUUUACUUCCUGCGGGCGGUCGCCUGGUAGUGGCGUCAAGGACUCGGAACAUGUUGAGUACUUUCGACUGGAACAAGGGUGAAGGACUAUUGGCAAGUCGUCAGGUCUUGGCUGCGCCUGCCCAAGGGGAGAACGCGCUCAGGAUGACGACCACGUUGCUGCAGACACCGCCCAUGCAGCCCAUCUCGCCCACACCCUUGGUCGAGGCAUCACCCGAAGCAUCACCCUCGGCGGCUGGAGGUGAGGUCCACCCGAUCGCCAGAGCUGCCUCGCCACCCCCCUUUGAGCUGGAUGAAGCUGCCGAAGAAGGUCACGUGGAAAUGGAGUUGGUGGUCCAGGACAACACAGACACGUCCGGAGGAGCUCAGCCAAGAGUAGACCUUGACGCGCAGGAUGAUUGUCCAGUCGAGGAAGGUGCGAAUUCUGGCGAGGAGUUGUCAUGCUCCAAAGAGGAGGCCGAUGCCUCGGAGGCUUAUGAGGAAGACUUCGAGAGGAGUUCCGAGGUCACAGAGGACGAAGCCGAGCCCCAGAAGGCCCUAGACACUUCCCUGGCCUCCCUGGAGCUGGAGCCUGCCACGCCGGCAGCGACCACCGCCGAAAGAACCGCCGUUGGCGCGGCGCUUCCCCCCGUGGGGCUGGAGGGGUCACCGGAGCUGCUGCCAGCGUUUCCGCAGGCAGAACGGGAAGAGUUGGAGGAGUUAGAGGAUUUGGAGGAAGUUGAUGCCGGGAACGAAGCUGAAGUUGAUGAAGCUGGUGAAGUUGAUGAAGUUGGAGUUGAGGCGGAAGUUGAGGGUGAAGAUGAGGAGAAGGCUGCAACAGAUGAGUUGAAGGAACCGGAUGGAGAGGGGCAAGAGGAGGAGGCGAAAGCGAGUAAGAAAGAAGAAGAGGAAGGGAAGGAAGCUGAGGAGGAUGAUGAAGAGCAAAAGGAAUUGGAAGAAGAGGAUGAAGAAAAGGAAGCGGAAGAGAAGAGUUCAAAGGAAAAGGCAAAAACUGACGGCAAAGAGGACAAAGAGGACAAAGAGGACAUAGAUGACAGAGAGAACACAGAGGACAAAGAAGACGAAGAGGGCAAUGAGGACAACGAGGGCAAAGAGGGCAAGGAUGUUUCUGAGGAGGAAGAACGCGAUGAAGAUGAAGAGGAUGAGGAGGAAGCUCAAGAAGAGGAGGAAGAAGUUGAGGAGGAGGCUGAAGAAGAAGAAGAAGUUGAGGAAGAAGGUGAAGAGGAAGACAGCCAAGACAGCACAGAGGGAACAGAAGGAUCGGCCUUUGAUCAGAAGGCGGCGUCGGAGAACGGCACGGGUUCCGGAACUCCGGAGCGGCAGGCCUCUCCUGUGAGUCGACGGGAGCGCAGGGCCCAACGCCGUGAGGAGAGACGAACCAAAGCCGUGAUCUUGCAAGACGAAGAGGAGAGCCAAGAAGAGGACCUCCCGCGUCGACGAAAGAAAGGUCGAAGGAGGUCUGAGGAGAUUGCUGAUGUCUCCAAAUUGCAGGAGGAGACUAGCAGCAAGAGAAAGAAAUCCCCGGCGCGGACGUCCCAGGAGGAGGUUGAAUCGAGAGUAAAGGAGGUGUCCAAGAAGGGCAGCUCGUCCCGCCGCGGGAAGAACGAAAGACGACGGUGUGAGGACGACGCCGAUGAGGUCACAGUGCCAGAGGAUUCUGAUGGCCGCAAGCGCCGGAACCCGAGAAAGGGCGAUAGAUGAGCGCUCAAAUUUCGACGUGUUCAGUGUAUCACUUUGACGCGCAGCAGGGCACGCGCUGUACAUAGCUGCCAUUCACAGAUCAUCACUGAAC